GCCAAUUCACUUGGUGAUUUUCGAAGAAGACGAGGAGUACUCUACUCCACGCCCAACAAAGAAGUCCAGGAGUCAGAUUUUUGAAGAGGUGGUUGGUAGCUCCAAAGAGAAGAAAAACGAAUUAAUUGUCAAAGAGAAGACAACAGAAUUAGUUGUCAAAGAUAAGACAACAGAAUUAAUUGUCAAAGAGAAGGCAACACUUGAUUUAGGGUCCAAAGAGAAGACAACACUGAAGUUAACGGCCAAGGGAAAUUCAUGCUCAAAUAAGUUGGAGUCGAAAUCGAAGUCGAAGAACUCUAAGACGGCCAAAGAGAUGGUAGGUAGUUGUGAUCGUAAAACUGAAGAAUCAGCCGCCAAAAGUAAGAAGCAAAAUUUGGCAGACGACACAAUUCAAGGUCUUGGCCCAUCAUGCAAUUAUUUGAAGUUUAUCAUCAAUACGGCGCCCGGUGAUGUAUAUAAAAAUACUUCAAUCCCAUUGCCCGCUUCGGUUUGGCAUUAUGACGAAGAUCGACAAACUUAUGUAAAUGAGGUUGACGUUGAAGAGUUCCUUAGAGGGGCGUGCCUCAACAUUUCAGUGAUCCAAGUCUAUAUGAUGUGUUUAUUCCACGAACACACCUUUGCAUUUGACAACUCUCAGAUUGGGUUUGUUUGUCCCGAGGCAAUGUCAAGCUCUAGAAUCAAGGCCAACCCUCAGGCUGCAUCAAUGUAUUUGAAAGUAGUUUUCAAUGCUGAAAUUGAAAAGGAGAAGAAGGGUGAUCCUAACAUUACCAAGUGGUUUUUGAUCCCAUACAAUCAAGAGUAA